GUUGUAUCCUGUGCUGUCAGCAUUGGAUCGGGUCCAACGUCAUGACCACAGGUAACGAUUCAUAUGUCAUUUCAGUGAUAAUGCAUUGCUGCUUUAACUAAUCAAUAUUUAGUUUGUCGAGGGCUGGUCAACCCUUCUCGAACAUGUGGGUGACAUGGGUGCAGCCUUGGGUCGAUGGCUGGGACCAGGCAGAGGAGAACGUGACGCUUCCGACCCUUGCACACACGGAGGCUUCGUACAGGGCGUACCUGAGCUGGUACCAGCCUAAGACUCGUUGCCGCUUGAUAUAUGCUGACAUGCAUCCAGAGCCGCAUGUUGCGACCCCACAGGAUGGCUAUGCACGACAUAGGGAUGAGGCAUUAGCUGGGGCGUUUGAAAUGUGCAGGUUGAUGGACGUAGAUGCCAGGGCGAAUUUGAUGAGGAUUCGAGCGGGAUCUAUAAUGGAUAGGAAUGAGCAAGAGUCGGCCUGGACCCGAGUUUCACAAAGAGCCCAUUCUAUGCUUGAAGCCUUUGGUAGCCGGACAUCGUACGAGGACUCCUACGGUUCGUCUCAAGGCUCGACCUCGUUUUCUUGUGGUCCCACACAGCAGCAGCCUUCCACAGCACCUUAUUGGUCUCAGCAGCAUUAUCCAGAUGAUGGACACCCACCUUAUCAACCUCACGGAGGGACCCAGUUUAGUACCAUGGCACCAGCUGCAGGGAUGUCAUUUCAACCAACACAGGCACCACCACGACAUUUCGCAGAAGGAACGCAAGGAUCGCACCACCAGCUUCCUGAUAUGGGCCCUUCUUCGUAUCCACCACCAACAGGUACGUAUGAUGAAUAUGUACCCAAAUAGAUGACUUAUAAGACG